AUGCCGCCCGAAGCCAUGGAGAUACUCCCCAAUCGCGCGCUAGCUGCCGCGCGAGAAGCGCGCGAAGCGAAGUUGGCGAAGUUCGAGGCAGAGCGGGUAGCGCGGGCAGUGCUAGUGCCGACGUCGGACGCGACCGUGCGCGAAAACCUACGCGCGCGUGGCAUGCCCGUGUGCCUGUUCGGGGAGGACGGGCACGACCGUCGUGAGCGUCUGCGCGGCGCGCUGGCGCACGAGAAGCUGACGGGGCAGGAGCGUGUGCCCACGGGUGGCGGGGAGGUGGUUGCGGAGGUGGAGGAGUUGCGGCGCGAGGAGUACCUGACGGAGGGGGGCGCGGAGCUGCGGAAGGUGCGCGCGGAGCUCGUGGAGAUGAGCGUGCGGAAGGCGGGGGAGCGGUUGGCGCGGGAGCGCGGCGGCGUGGGGCGGCGCGCGGCGCGGGAGCGGGAGGAGCGGGCCGUGCGGUGCGUGCGUCGCAUGGAGGUCGUGGCGAGCCAGGUGGGCGGCGAGCGGCCGCUGUCGGCCAUCUGCCUGUUUGAGGCGGGCGGCCAGCGCCGCGUGGUGACAGGCGGGUGGGGCGGCGGCGUGCGCGUGUGGGAGGGGGAAGGGCGCUGCGAGGAGGUGCAGCGGCUGGCCCUGCACGAGGGGCGCGUGUCGGCCGUGUGUGUGCCGCGUGAGUGGAGCGACGUGUUGCUGACAGCGGCUGCGGACGGGUGCGCGGCGGUGAGCGCGCGGGGGGAGGAGGGGAAGUUCGCGGAGAGGGCGAGGCUGAAAGGGCAUCGUGGGAGGGUGGGGGAUGUCAAGAUGCACCCCGGAAGGAAGGGGCUCGUGGUGAGCGGCGGGUUUGAUGGGGAAGUGCGUGUGUGGGAUGAUGGGCGCGAGGUUAUGCGGCAGGAGAGCGGGCACGAGGCCGUGUACCGGGUGGGGUUUCACCCGGACGGCGGGCUGAUGGGGAGUGGCGGGCUGGAGGGCGGGAUUCGGAUGUGGGACCUGAGGAGCGGGCGGGCGGUCAUGACGAUGGGCAAGGCGCACGCGGGGGGCGUGCUCGGGCUUGAGUUUUGCGCGGAUGGGCAGCGCGUGGUGACGGGUGGUGGGGAUAAUGUUGUGAGGGUGUGGGACUUGCGGGCUGGUAAGUGCGAAAAGACUGUGGCCGCGCACCGCGGGUUGGUGAGCGCUGUAAGGUGCGGCGGGGAUGUGGUGUUCAGUGGGAGCUUUGAUAGGUCGGUUAAGUGCUGGGGCGUGAAGAGGGGGUGGAGCUUGAUCGCGGCCGUGACAGGGUUCGAGGAAAAGGUUACCGGGGUGGACUGCUCCGCGGGCGGCGAGGUGCUGGUGGCGGCGUGCUACGACAAGACGUGGAAGAUGUGGAGCGGGGUGGAGGACUGA